AUGGCCAAAGACACAUUGAAAGUUGGCCUGAAGCCGAAACACGCCAAAGAGGAUACCGAUGUUGAAAUGCAACAAGCUACCUCUCCCGAAAAGACACACAAGUCCGAAGCCAAAGAUAAGAAGAAGCGCAAGAAUUCAUCCAGCGAGACCGAUGGCGACGUGACGAGCAAGAAAAAGCGGCGGCAAAGCACGGACGACAAGCAGGAUAAAGAGGACGACAAGCCGAAGAAAAAGAAGAAGCGAGUCUCCUUCGGACCAGGCACAAAGACCAAGGACGCAGACAGCGAUAGCGACAGUCCCGCUGACGACGAACACGACGACGACGACGACGACGACUACAACGAUACCUCUGAGACCGUGAAGGACGCCGAGGCCGAAGCCAAGGAAGCCGAGAACAAGUUGAUCGAGGAAAUGAAGAAGCGCAAGCGUGAGAAGAAAAAGGCGCGCAAGGCCGGUGCUACACCUACAGCUUCGUCUACCUCUACCGAAAAGGUUCAUGAAACCCCCAUCCUCGGCUAUCUGAGCUGGUACUACCGUGACCGUGCCUCGUGGAAGUUCCAAAAGAACCGCGAAACGAACCUUUUCAAACACCUUUACUCGAUCGAGCACGUUCCCGUGCAAUACAACGUCCCUCUCUUGACCUACCUGCAAGGCCUGAAGGGUGACGCCGCCAAGACACGGCUGAGCGACGGUGCGGUGGCUGUUCUCAAGAGUGACAGCGCCGAACGCCCCGCCGAGUACGCAGAGGCUGUGAACACAUUCCGGUCAUUGUUGUCCGACAGCGGAGAAGAGUUGAAUGCCGUAAACUCUGUGGACGGACUGGACGUGGAAGCGACCAAGCUUCUCCGGAAGAGACAGCGGGCAGAGCUGGUUUUCUUCGCCGUCACGGGUGAGCUGUUUGAUCGGGAGGAGGUCGUGCGCAAGCAAAAAGAAGCUGCCAAGGCGGAGGCGCAGAAAAUCAAGAAGAGAAAGAACCGGACUGUCGUCGUGGAUAUUUCCAGCAGCGAGAGCGAUAGCGAUGAAGAGAAGCCUUCUAAGGCGAAGAAUUCUACUGCCAAGGCGGAGAGCAGCGACGAUUAUACCAGCAGCAGUGGCAGUGACAGCGACAGCGACGAGAGCACCAGCAGCAGCGGCAGCGAUUCAUCGAGCAGUGACAGCGAGAAAGAAGCACCCUCCGCGAAGAAACCUUCACCGACCAAAUCCGCCGUAAAGAAGAAGGCUGUCCCCAAACCUGUUGCUCCCGUGGAGGAAGAACCUACUCCGCCAGCGCCUAGCAAGAACAAGAAGAAGCAAAAGCGCAAGUUGCGGACUGCGCAGAUUGAGAUCUCGAGCAGCAGUGAGAGUGAUAGUGAAUGA